AUGUGCCGACUUUUUCAUCUAGCUGAUAGUGAAGAUGAAGUUCCAUUGGUUCGUGCUGCUGCUGUUCAACAACUUGUUCCUCUUGCAAAACAUUUUGGUCCAGAAUUAAAAUCAGAACUAGGUCUACUUCUUGCAAGUUUAGUUUCUGAUAAUCAACGUGUUGUUCGAGCAGCUUGUUUACAACCGUUAGUAGAAUUAGGACGAAUGAUUACUGAUUCAGCAGAGUUCGAAUCCACUGUUCGACCAUGUAUUGAUAAACUUGCUGGAGAUCCUAGCAGAGAUGUUAGACGAGCAAUGGCAUCCGUGAUCACUAAUCUUCAAACAUUAGUUUGUAAUCAUAGUGGUGCUAAUCGUUCACUGCAUCAAAUUAUGUUAAAUCUUCUUGAAGAUAAUGAAGUGGAGACGCGUAGAAUCAGUGCUGGUCAAUUGAAAGAUUUUUGUCUUGCAAGUCCAAAAGAUAUUCUUGUCACUGUACUAUUACCACGUCUACGUGAACAUUUAUCUAUGGAACGUGAAGAACGUGUACGUUCAGAAUUAGUACGAUGUGCUGUUGGCCUAUUACCGUCUAUUCGUCGUGAAGAUUGUCUUCCUUUAGUACAGCAUAUUUUAGCAUUUUUAAAUGAUACUAGUUCACAGUCUAAACAAUAUGUAUUUGAGCAUUUCUCAGAAUUAGUAGCUUUAAUGCCUGCUAAUGAGAUUCAGCUGACAUUAUUACCAAGUUUACUUCGUCUUUGGCAAGAUAAAAAUUGGCGUGUACGUCUUGGUGUUGUUCAAUCGGUGCCUUGUUUAUACGAUAAAUUGCCGGAAAAUUGUUUACAAGAAACUGUUCUACCAGCAAAUCUUGCAUGGUUACGAGAUCCAGCUUGGUGUGUACGUGAAUGUGCUUGUCGUAGUCUUGCACGUUUAUUGGUCGCUUGUCCUGGAGCUUGUAAAAAAGCUUUCAGUGGUGUUGGUUCAAAAUCUAGCAGCAAUACAAAUUCAACCAAUGUCAUCAGUUCUAAUCCAGGCAAUACUUCAUUGAAUACAACAACCAAUACAUCAUCGGGUGGUGGUGGUGCAUCGAAUACUACUACUUCCACUACUACUGGUAGUAGUAGUAGUAGUAAUCUUUCUAGUUCAACAAAUACUACACAAACUAGCAUAGAUGCAUUGAAUAAUAAUUCUAGUUUUUCUAGCCUGUCUUCAACGACAUCUAAUAAUACUACUACUGGUACUGGUGCAGGUGCUGGUGCUGGUGCUGCUGUUAAUCCAGCCACUGCUUUGACUACACAAGCUGCUGCAGGUGGAUUAAAAGCUCUUGCUGUUGAUACCAAUUAUCAUCUACGUCAAAUAUACAUUAAUGUAGUGCAAGCUAUUUGGGGCCCUGGUAUCUUGGAUGAACCUCCUUACAGUGCUCUAGGUGAUGAUCCUAGUGCAGGAAUUAUUUUUCCUGCCUCUCGAAAUAUCUAUGCUUAUUUGUCGUCAAAAACAUCAAAGAACUCUACAAAUUCAGAUAAUUUAAAUGUUACGGCAGUUCCUAAAGGUUGUCAAGCUCCACCACAAGUACCUAAUGUUUUUUUGACUGGAUGUGUAGCUCAAUUGUUACGUUUUAUUUCGGAGGAUGUAGUACCGAAUGUACGUAUUUGUGCAUCACAAGCUCUUUACAUCAUCUCCGGUUCUUUGGAUAAAAAAACUAUUCAAAAUGAUGUGAUACCGGUUUUAAAAAAGGCUGUAGAUUAUGAUUCAGAUCAGGAUGUGCGUUUUUUUGCACAACAAAGUUUAACUUGUAAGUUGAUUAGUUUGCACUUUCGAAGUAAAGUUUAUUUACUACAUAAAAACUAA